AUGUUACAGGACAAUCAAACAGACAACAGAAUAGGUCAAACGGAACGCGUGAUACUAUCUCCUUUACCGUCUGAAAACAACAAGCUUCUAGAUGCAGAAGAUCCGCUAAACCAGGAAGUACAUGACUAUUGUUCAGAUGACAGCGUUAAAGACCCAAAUUACGUAAAUACUGAUGACUAUUAUUUCGAUUUUGACCAUAGUGACUUAAAUAGUAAGAAACGCGCAAAGCGAUUUAAAAGAAAUAAGUUUGCUGAAAACAUCGAUCCCAUGAUUUCAGUUGCGACUAAAAAUUCAAGUUCAAGUCAAAUUAGUACGCCCAAUUCUCACCAAAAAAUUAAUUAUUCAAACAAGCCCAAACCAGGUCCUUCAAAAAUAUCGUAUAUACCAAAAAGUAGUUCAUCUAGUUCAAGCUCUUCUUCGGACUCUUCUGACAGUUCAUCAUCGUCUAGCGAUUCUUCAGACACGGAAGAGAAUGCAAAAAGAGUUGAGGAACAAGUUACAGAACCAGAUACAGAAAAAAAUACAGAAAUGGAUAGAGAACCAGAUAGAGAAUAA